GUUACUCUAAGCCUUACCUGUUUCAAGUUUCCGGAAUGGACACAAAACAUUUUAAAGUGUUGGCUUUCGCUGUCCUGUUUUACUUGAAGUGUUAUCAGGUCAGGGGGUGCGAUGACAUCAGUAGUCAGGCGUGUCAUGAUAUGAUGUCACAGAACGAGGAUCUAUGUAAUGAUGCUUGUCUCUCCAGUGUUUGUCCGCGAACGUGUGGAAAGUGUGCUUUAAAAUGUUAUUCCUGCCACGAAGUUGAUAAACUGAACAAUUGUAACACUACCACGGAAUGUCCUUCGAACGAACAUCAAUGCAUUUCUGUGAAAUCAUUCAACAGCGAUUUUAAGGAAGUCUACAAACUAGGCUGUGCUCUUGGAACUAUAUGUGACAGUCCAGGUUUAGAAACAUCAUGUUGUACGUCAGAUUUGUGUAAUAAUCACAGAAUUACAACAACAACAACAACAACGACGACGACAACAACAAAAAUACCACCAACAACGACAACAUCAACGACAACAACAUUAUCACCAUCUCCACCAACACUGUCAUUAUCACCACAGACACAGACUUUACCAACAACACAAACAACCAGGAAUCCGACAACAAUACAUGUAACAACAGAGGAGUCCACUCUAACAACAAAUACAAUACCAGAAACAACAACCGAAGAAACUGAUGGAGUUCUUUUAGUCGGGAAGCGCCAACACAUUGAUCCUUUCUGUGUUGAAAAUUCUCCGAUGAUUUGUCAGGAUCUUAUACGUUCGGACCCCUCUUCCUGUUCUAAGGAUUGUAUUAUGUCCUUGUGUCCAGUUUCCUGUGGAAAAUGCAUGACAUGUUACAAUUGUCCAUACGUUGCAGACUCAGAAUUGUGCAACAUGACAACACUUUGUAGACAUGAUGAGUUUUGCUAUGGACUUGAGACGGUCAACUCUUAUAAAGAGCAUGGAUUUAGACUCGGUUGUGCUCCACAAGCGGUUUGCGACUCCAUUGCAACUAUUUCUACGAACAACUUUGGAAGGAGAUCACAGAGAGCUUUAGUCGGCGGUUGCUGCAGUAAGAAUCUAUGUAAUACUCACAUAAAGCCGCUUACAACCACAAAAGCUGUACCAAUGAAUGUAAGGACAACGCCAAAACCUUCCACGACAGCAGCAAGGACAACAGUGAACUCAUGUCAAUGUCCAAAACAUGCUUUCACCUACAAAAAUGACUGCUUCUUUGUUUCAAAUGCGACAUAUACAAGAAUGGCAGCAAAGUCAUUCUGUCAGACUCACUGUGCUAAUCUGGCACGAUUUGAUUCUACAGAUGAAUUGAAUGAUAUUGAGAGACAAGUUCGUAAUUAUAUUCGCAAUUCCAAUCAUCGACGAUUUAUCCUUGAUACGUAUCCGGGUUUUGCCUACAUGUCUACAUAUAUAGACGCCAUUUACGACACCAGGCGGCAUUGGAUAUGGGAAUCCACAGGAGACAGGAUCUCGCAUGCCCUCUUUAGAAAUCAGACAGUACCUAAAAACUCCGUCCAUGAGUGCGCAGUCUCCGCAUAUCUCUUCAGAUCACACAUAUCACCAAUUGACUGUAACUCCCUCCAUCCAGCGCUCUGUCGUCUAGAAAGUUCUUAA